UCUACUUCCGGUUAUCUACCUCUUUCCCAAUUGUAAAUAUGGCGAACACGAAGAAGCAGCCGCCGAAGGUUCCAGAAACUCUCCUUAAACGGAGGAAGAAGAAUGAACAGACACGGGCCAAGCAAAUCAAGGCCAACCUUGCUGCUAAAAAGAAACUUCAAGACAAGAAGCGUGUCAUCUUCAAGCGUGCUGAAAAAUACGUGAAGGAAUACAGGGCCAAGGCCAAGUCUGAAAUUAACCUUGCUAGACAGGCAAAAAAAUCUGGCAACUUCUAUGUUCCAGCCGAAUCCAAACUUGCAUUUGUCAUGAGAAUCAGAGGUAUCAAUGGUGUACAUCCACGUCCAAGGAAAAUCAUGCAGUUGUUGCGUCUUCGCCAGAUCAACAAUGGUGUGUUCAUCAAGCUGAAUAAAGCCACAGUACAGAUGUUGAGAAUUGCUGAGCCUUUCAUCACAUGGGGUUACCCCAAUUUGAAGAGUGUAAGAGAGUUGAUCUACAAGAGAGGCUAUGGAAAGGUCAAUGGUAGAAGAAUACCACUCACAGAUAAUGCCAUCAUUGAGAAAGUACUAGGUAAACGUGGUAUCAUCUGUAUGGAAGACCUCAUCCACGAGAUUGUGACAGUAGGACCCAACUUCAAACAGGCCUCAAACUUCCUGUGGCCCUUCAAGCUUAACACACCUAAUGGUGGCUGGAGACGUAAAUACAACCAUUUCAACGAUGGUGGAGACUGCGGGCUCAGAGAAACACAGAUCAACCCAUUGUUGAGAAAUAUGGUUUAAUUUUUUGUUGUACACAUGGACCUUCAGUGCUGGAAAAUAAAGAGAAAAAUCAGAAAAAUC